GAGAGAGAGAGAGAGAGAGAGAGAGAGAGAGAGAGAGAGAGAGUAGUGUACUACAUGUUAUUUCUCUUUCUCAGAGCGAGGGAUUUAGAUAUGGCGUGAUUAGGUGGGACUGCUCAGACCAAACUCUACAAGAAAUCUCCAAAAGUGAGCAUCUCCACACACACAAACACAUAAAAAAAAAACCACAGCUGUAAUUUCAUGUCUUUUAGAGGCCACCUGUACUAGAAAUGGUGUAAGUUUUAUUAUAUAUAUUUAUUUUAUUUGAGUACUCCUUGUCUUAAAUCCUAACUCGUUGCUGUUUCUGGGGUCAGUUGAGUUUUGGCUUGUAAUAAAAAUAUUUGUCAAGUUAUAUUUUGGGCUCUAUAAACGAGGAGGUAGAGACUAGAGACUAGAGAAGGUGAGGAGAGGGUUAUUCCUUUUGGGAGGCACCUUAUUUUACUUACCCCACCCCCCACACCACCCCACCCCUGAAAUUUCUUAUUUGUCCUUCUACGUUCCAUCACCUCAAAAAUCUCACUGAAAAGAAAACGAUUUAUAAUAAGAGAGAGAGAAACUAAACAAAACAAAACAAAACAAAAGAAAUUUUGAUUUAUAUUAUGUUGUCAUUCCGUUACUGCUGAAACCUCACCACAUUACUCUCUGCUCUUUUUCUAUUAUUUACCUACACAAAACACACUUGUUUUUUUUUUCUCCACUUAAAUAGGCAAACUUCUUUCUCUGUCUCUACGUUUUCAUUUCUUCAACUUACUUCUUCACUACUUUGCAAUAUUCUGUUUUUACUCUCACUGAAAAAAAUGGGUUAUGAACAAGUGAGUAGUAGUGUCGUAUGCAGAAGCCACCGCAGCAGAGUUCGUUAUUUGGUCAUAUGUUUUCUGUUUCUCUCAUUUCUGAGCUCUACCCAAUUCAGAUUCAUGGCUCAAGGCAGAGUAAUUCCCAAAGAGAAAAAUCUUUCCCAGGCAGUAAGUGAAAGUGAAAAUGAAGAGAAAGUGAUGGUAAGAGCAAGAAUUGGUUCGAGGCCUCCGAGGUGUGAAAGAAGAUGUAGUUGGUGUGGACACUGUGAAGCUAUUCAGGUUCCAACAAAUCCACAAGUGAAAUCUGGUACUUCCAAAAGAUCUUUCAACACCCAAUACGCUAGAGGAGGAGAUGAUUACAACUCUAACUACAAGCCAAUGAGUUGGAAAUGCAAAUGUGGCAACUUCAUUUUCAACCCUUAGUAAUAAUAAUCAUAACUCAUUUUCAUACCAAUUUUUCGACCAUUUUUCUUCACUGUAAAUAGCAAUAUUAAUAUAUUUUUAAUUUUCUUACUUUGAUUUUUAACUGGCAAGGUACCUCUAGUUUUGUGUAUCACUUAAGUUAUUGAUAAUUGUACUUGAAGGAAAUGAUUAA